AUGGUUCAAGUCAAGACUGCUGCUUCCCUUUUCCUCGCUGCUGCCGCCGUCGCGCCUGCUGUUGCCUACCCUUACUACGAUGCUGAUGACUCCCUCGUAACUCGCGAGGACAACGAGUUCGCUGGUGGCAUCUACGGCCGCCGCUUCACUCCCCACCGAUUGAGCGAGCGCGAUGACUUCGAGGAGCUCAUGGAGCGAGAGGAGUUCGAAGACCUGAUGGAGCGCGACCCACUCCUCGGCUUCAACCACCUCAAGAAAUGGAUCAAGGGCAGGAAGGGUGCCGCCGCCCCCGCCCCCGAUGCUGGCGCCGAGUACGCCCGUGAGCUCGAGUUCGACGAGGACCUGUUCACCCGCGAGUUCGACGAGCUCAUGGAGCGUGAGCCUAUCCUCGGCUUCAACCACCUCAGGAAGUGGCUCGGCAAGAAGAAGACCGCCCCCGCUGCUGAGGGCAACUUCGAGUCACCCCCUCUCGUCGGUCGCGAGUCCACCAACGAAGUAGUCUUCGCCCGCGAGGUCGACGAGCUCGAGGCCCGUGAGCCCGGCUUCCUCACAUGGAUCAAGGGCAUCUUCAACCCCAAGAAGAAGGCCGAGGAAGAGAAGAAGAAGAAGGAAGCGGAGGCGGCCAAGAAGGCUGCCGCUGAGCCCGCCGCCCCUGAGGCCCGCGACUACGAUGAGCUCCUCGAGCGCUACUUCGAUGACCUUCAAGAACGCGAGCUCUCCACCUCCGAGGAAGAGUUGAUGGCCCGCGAACCUUUCCUCGGCAUCAACCACCUCAGGAAAUGGAUCAAGGGCAGGAAGGGUGCCGCUGCGGACCCCUCCGCUGAGGCUCCCGUUGCCCGCGAAUACGACGAGCUCCUCGAGCGCGAGUUCUACGACGACCUCGACUAA